UUUCCUUCCCGAGCCCCAACCGUUCGGAUCGUCGAACAGCGCCCCAGUAGGAAGCAAUGUGGAGAUAGUGUUGUUCUGGGGGGCAGCGCCGGGCCUCUGGGGAGGGGGAGGCGGCGCGGAGCAGACGCGCACUCUCGCGGCUCCCCCCGCGUCGCCCCGUCGGCCAGUCCCAAGAUGGCGGCCACCAUGAAGAAGGCGGCUGCAGAAGACGUCAAUGUGACUUUCGAAGAUCAACAAAAGAUAAACAAAUUUGCACGGAAUACGAGUAGAAUCACAGAGCUAAAGGAAGAAAUAGAAGUAAAAAAGAAACAACUCCAGAAUUUAGAAGAUGCUUGUGACGACAUCAUGCUCGCAGAUGACGACUGCUUAAUGAUACCUUACCAAAUCGGUGAUGUUUUCAUUAGCCAUUCGCAAGAAGAAACACAGGAAAUGUUAGAAGAAGCAAAGAAAAAUUUACAAGAAGAAAUCGACGCCUUAGAAUCCAGAGUAGCAUCAAUUCAGCGGGUGCUAGCAGAUUUGAAAGUUCAGUUAUAUGCGAAAUUCGGCAGCAACAUAAACCUUGAAGCUGAUGAAAGUUAAACAUUUUAUAACUCCUUUUUUAAUUUGUUUAAUAAACUUGAAUAUUGUUUAAAAUGAUAAUUUCUCUUCUUCACAUGACAUGGAAAGGAAAAGUUUCUUUUUUUAAAAUUUUCAUUUAUUUAAUGGAAACUUGCCUAUUUUCACAUGUCUUUGCUUAUUUAUUUUAUAUUUUUAAAAGAAGGCAGUAUUCAUCUAUGUAUUUUGCAAAAUGAUUAUGUCAAGUCUAGGGGCUCAUGUCAUUAUUAAAAUCAGUUAAGCAAUG